AUGCUCAACAUCCCGGACACAUUCACCCAGUUCACCGAGCUAGGCGAGGUAGACAUCGGCACCCUGCACGGCGACCAUGUUACCGUCGUGGUGAUCCACAUCAAGGACCCUAGGCUUCUUAGGGACGAUUGGGCGCCUGCCACCCAGAUCCUCGAGGAUCAAUGGCAGGGUAAGCGGCAGCGGCAGCAGCAGCGGCAGCAGCAGUAUCCGCAACCCCACGGGAAGCCGCUGGGUGGAAUUCUAUCGACCAGGGAUUCCUGUCGCUUCUACACCGAGUCCCCGGCUCAGGACGGCCCGCCGCAGCGCUUGGAGUACAAGGAUCGCAGCGAGUUUGCGCCCCUCGCGGAUGAUGCUGACCCGGAGGUGUUUUUAGCCUUUCUGCGGACCUGCUUGGAUGGGUCUCCGGCCUCGGGCCUUGGACUUGAUGUGUCGAAAGGAGAGAUGGAUGAGGUAGUCACGCGGGAGCCUGGGGAGCUAUAG